GAUCAAUCACUCACUCGGCAUCGCUCUCGAUCCUCUGACGCGCUCACCCCCCCCCCAAAUCAAAUGCUCAUGUGCAUCGUCUAGCUCAACAUGCCUGUGUAUGGCUCUUAGAUGAACAUGUCAGCGAUACGUAUGUGCGCCUUGCGUCCGCUCAAUGGGAUCCGGAGAUCCCAUCUUGGGCUGGCUCAAGCGCAGCUCCAGCGACCGUACGGCCAUCUGAAAACGAGUGGCGGUAGAUAUACAGAGGCCCUCGUUAUCGUGAGGCUCCAGCAAACGCGGAGUCAGUCGACUGGAGGCAAGAAGUUUUCAGACCAACCACCGCCGACGCCGUCUGGGUCACUGCUGCUUCGAGCUUUGCGGCAGAGCUUGAGUCUGCGUCCCUUGAUAGGCGCCUUCCGUGGACAAAAUCUGCAAAGACUAUACCGUCAGAGCCCCGAAGAGCUCGUUAUUGCCCUGGCACUUUUGGCUGGCAUUUCGGUCAUUGUUGUCUAUGUAAUAUACACAUAUUACAACUAUUUCCAGUCAGAACAAUUCACAAAGUUCCCCCCCGAUGUCGCCAAAUCGAUGCGACGUGCAUUAUACUACAGCAACUACAGUCCCGACCCGAAACUCGCCUUGAAGUACUACAAGCUGGCUCUGGAGCAGUGUGAGCAAAACGGCAUCGACCCUUUCACAGAUGGUGUCUUGGGUAUCAAGAUCCAGCUGGCUGCAUGGCUGGAGAAGAUCGGAAGCUAUAAGAACUCGACUGACGUCUUGGAGGCCCUUCUCCGUGACUGCAAGAAAUGGGUCGAAAAGAUGGAGGAAUCCGACCGUCAGGGGCUCAUUGGCAAAGACGGCAACCUUGUUGGGGCUCCUGUCCAGGCAGCGAAAAAGGACACAAACUCCGAUUCCCCAGAGGAAGAAGUGCAAGAAAACCUAUGGGGCAAACGCACUCGGGUGCUUGGCAAGUCGGUAGGAAUCAGUGUCAAGCUUGGAGAGCUGUACGCCGACGAGCAUGUACUUCAAAGCGACACUGCCGGAGAGCGGCUCAUCUGGGCCGUCGAGACUGUUCUGAAAGAACUGCAGCGCCGACAGGUACAAGGCGUGAAGGAAGGUGAGGGCGAUUGGAUGACCCCUGAACAAAUCGGAGGCGCUUUAGAAGCUCUAGCCCAUCACUACGAAUCUAAGGACAAGCACUAUUUGGCAGCUCCACUCUUCCUCCAAGCACUAACUAUGUCUCCCCCCAAGAGCUGUCAUACUGCGGUCCUGAUGAAUAAUUUGGCAAUAUCAUUGGCACAACAACCGGUUGCUUCGGCUGAUGCAAUCGCGCCAGCUGCUAAGGGCCAACCUCGUGCCACAAGAGCGUCUCUUCUUGCCAGCGCCAAGUCAUGGGCAACUCAAGCACACGCAACUGGAUCAAAGGUGACCGGCGAUGACCGGACCGAAGAAUGUGAUCAGGCCUGUGCUGUCGCUUUAUGCAACCUGGGUGAGAUCGCAGCCAUGAUGGGCGACAUGGACGAAGCAAAGGCUAGAUUCAAGCAGAGUCUUGGCUUGAGUAGACGCAUCGGCUUUGAGGCCGGCGUCACCCAGGCUGAAGAUGGACUGGCAGCUACAUCGAUCAGCCUUUCGUCAAAAGCUCCUUGAUGCACCUAGCAAACGUGUCGAUCAAGAACAACAUGAGCCAUCCGUGGCCAAGUUUCCGAUGCUAAAAUGCCUUGUGGCUUGAGCCUUAUGUAAACUGCCCGCUUCAUAGAAAUAGUCAAGACCAGGUUCAGGGCCGUUCAGUCCUUAUAGCCCUAGGAGUCGUGGCGCAUCUACUUCUAAAAGCAUAGAAGAUCAACCUUUGCCAGGAUUGUUCUCGUGCC